GCUAUCUCUCUCGUAUUCUCACGAGAAUCUCUCGGAACCGAUCAUCCGUCAUUGUAGCUCACCCAUUGGAAACCAAAUUUGCAUAGCAUUGUGUGAUAUUCACUGUAGAAUAAGCAAGGGUAGACGACCACAUAUCGACUUUAUUGCUGUGUAUCUUGUUUACGAAUAUAUGUGCUUCGUUUAGGAGAGAAUGAACAGUAUCUUGGACGGUUUUAAGUGUUCUGUAUAAUUCAGUGAAAGCCCGAAAAUAUAUCCGUCAGGUUACUCGAGCGCCAUUGGGAGAUGUAACAGAAAGCUAAGGCUGUACUUUUACAAAGUACGUUUUAAUGACUGUGUUUUAAAAAGACAAUGAGUACGCGUCCUCGGACCACAUCGAUUGCUGAGGGUGUGAAAUCUGGUUCUAACGCUCAGUUUGGAGGGAUGAGGACCAUAAAUAAAGAUGGAAGUAAAAUAACAACAGUGCUGGCCACAGCAGGGACCGGCUCCGACAGAACUCAGGAAGUAUCCUAUACAGAUGCUAAAGUAAUAGGAAAUGGAUCAUUUGGGGUUGUAUACCAAGCCAAAUUGGCAGAGACCAAUGAACUUGUUGCAAUCAAAAAAGUAUUGCAAGACAAAAGGUUCAAGAAUCGAGAAUUACAGAUCAUGAGGAAACUAGAACAUGUUAAUAUAGUCAAGCUGAAAUACUUCUUUUAUUCUGCUGGUGAAAAGAAAGACGAAGUGUUCUUAAAUCUAGUUUUGGAAUAUGUGCCCGAGACGGUGUACAGGGUAGCUAGGCAUUACAGUAAAUCGAAACAAACAAUACCAGUUCUUUACAUAAAGCUUUACAUGUACCAGUUAUUUAGAAGUCUAGCCUACAUCCACUCGCAAGGUGUGUGCCAUAGAGAUAUCAAACCUCAGAACCUGUUGCUGGAUCCAGAAACUGGUGUUCUUAAGCUGAUUGAUUUUGGAAGUGCAAAAGUGCUGGUGCGAGGUGAACCCAAUGUGUCGUACAUCUGUUCACGUUACUACAGGGCGCCUGAGUUGAUUUUUGGUGCUUCGGACUACACCUGUCAGAUUGAUGUAUGGUCAGCUGGGUGUGUAUUAGCAGAGCUUUUGUUAGGGCAGCCCAUUUUCCCUGGGGACAGUGGUGUUGACCAGCUGGUGGAGAUCAUCAAAGUCCUUGGGACCCCAACAAGAGAACAGAUCAGAGAAAUGAACCCAAAUUACACUGAAUUCAAAUUUCCUCAAAUUAAAGCUCACCCUUGGACAAAGGUUUUUCGUCCAAGAACCCCACCAGAGGCCAUACAGCUCGUUAGUCGCCUGCUGGAAUACACUCCUUCUGCUAGGAUUUCUCCGUUGGAGGCAUGUGCCCACACUUUCUUUGAUGAACUUAGAGAUCCAAACACCAGGUUGCCAAAUGGCAGAGAACUACCACCCUUGCUGAAUUUCACUCCACAAGAAUUAGCUAUUCAACCUAAUCUGAAUUCUGUCCUUGUACCUCCACAUGCCAGAAACGCAAAUGAUCCUGGUGCACUGUCGGGAGACACCAAUCCAGGCGGUGAUAUUGGCACCACGCAGGGAGCUACAGCUGCCACAGAGCCUGUGUGAAGUUCUAGUUCUGAUUGCACAAGCAACUGACUGUUUUGGUAGCAUUUCUUGAUUGACAGUUUAUUGUAUGUUAUCUGUGGGAGUUUCAGUCAGAGACAUAUACAGUCAUCUAAGCUGUUGGAAGCUUGUCAUGUUUUACAAACAAAUUUCUGUGAUUUGCAACAUCAUGUCUGGAGUCAAUUUCAUGGAAACUUGUCUUGCGUGUAUUUCCAACCAGUGAAAGGAACAGUGAUUCAAACAUUUACAUUUUUUCCUGUUCAACAAACACCAAAAAUAAUUAUGAGGCUCCCAUAUGAAAUUUUCCUGUGAUGAAUUAGUGUUUUACUUUUCCUAAACCUAAUGAUUUGUGAGUGGAAGACACUGCCGGUGCAGAGAGAGACUUGUUCUGUUAUGUGGAGUGUAUGAUUCAGGUUUCACCUGCUACUCCCAUAAAGUUAAACGGCUUACAUACACUUGCUUGUUUUACAUUGGAGAUUAGACAUACAGAUAUGUAUGAUGUCCAUUUUUCAGCUGCAUGUGUAGUGAAUAUGAUUAUUUAGGUCAAUUUUCAGUAGAAAGAUGAGAAAAUGGGUAUUGUUUCCUGGACAUAAAGUUGAUAUUAUACCAUAAAGGAAGCAUAUCACAUGACAGUCUUUAAAUGGAAUUUGAUGAUAAAUAUGAACAUUUUCAUGGUUUUUGUUGCCAGAUCAGAUUCUUCUAUGAUAUUGUGAAGUAAAUGGCACACGCAUGUACUUGGUUGGUUUCUAAAGUAAUUGGGUAUUGUGAACGUUAAAUGUUCUUUUCAAAACGAGUAGCAACAGCACUGAAAUUCAGUUCCAAUUUAUCUUAUAUGUGUUAAUUAGAUAUCUGAAGAACUUGAGACUGUUUUAUAAUGUGCAGAUUACAUUAGCAACUGUACUUUGAAGUAGGCAUUUCACAUUCAGUUUUAAUGAGUGAUUGUAUGGCUGACAGUGUGAUUGUUACUUGUGUACAAGUUGUAGUUUGUUUUAUGUUGGGUGAAAAGUAGGCAAGAUAUUUAUAGAAAUGUUUUAAAUCCGAAAGUAUUUAGUCUUGUUCGUAACUUAAUGUACUAGUUUAUAGUCGUUUUUAUUGUUUAUAUACAUUUAUAUUGUUAUCGAAUGCAACUGACCUCAUUCAGAAGAUGAUAAAAACAUACCAUACCUACUUUCAAUAUUAACAUGUUCUGCAACAGCUGAUUUUAUUAAUUCAAGCUCUACUUUGUUUUAAAAUAGCAUAUUUAUCGGAGAAAGUUUUAAAGCAUUUGAAACCAGAAGUGAAGUAAAGUCUAUGAAUCUGCUAUAUGCUUGUAAUGAGAUCAGUUCAAUUUCAAUGUCCAUGCGUAUUUUUGCCGCAGAUCUUACACAUUGAACAUAUCUAGUCGUUUUACUCAUGUGAAACUUGUCUGUGUAUCUGUUGGUACUCCCAAUUUUUCCUAAAGGACUUCCAGCUUUGUUAGAAGAAAAAAACAUUUUAUGAUACACUCCUUAUCCAAUGGAAAGAAGUGUACACUGAUUGGAAUUUUUCUAUUUUUGAAUUUUGACAAUUACAUUGUUACAAGUAUGAGAGUCUUUAGUAUUUCAAAAAAAAAAUAUUUGAAAACUUUCAGCAGUAAAAUGUCUAGUAUCAAAUAAUUACUAAUAGUUAACUCUAUGAUAAAAAUGCAGUUUAAAUUUUAUGUGGAUGUAUAAUGUAUGCACUACUUGCCCAGCACUGGCGAACAAAAAAAAAAAAUAAAUAGUGAUUUACUAUAAGAAUGUGGACACUGAAAAAAAUUCACAUAUGUAAAAUACAGAUGUAUCCACUGACAACAAAGUAGUGAUGAAAGUUUUGUAUAGGCUUGUGUGAGAUGGGCGAGUCAAAUGAUGGUGUUCACACUCAUACGUAUGUUAACAUGGUAGUGACAACAAAGGUACUGCAUGCCCUGUAUCAUAGCUUUCUAUGUUCAAAGAUGUUAUUUCGUCCUUCAUCAUUAUAUUCACCAAGUGAACAUGAUGCAACAUCAGUCUGAGUGUUGAGACCAUUUGUAGAUAAAAACGUGAAAAUGUUAACAAGAAUGCUAGAGCUCUACAUCCUUUAUUAUAAAUAUGAUGAAAUUGUUCGGGAAUACAAGUUUAACUUAGAAUAAAUGAAAGAAAUUUUCCUUCCUUCUUUCUUAUUUAUGUCCCAGAGAUCGGAAGAUCAUGGGGCACAUUGUUUUUGUACGCCCGUUUUAAUGGGGUGUAUUAUUCCGUUAUAUAGUUUUCUGUCCAUUCAUCUGUUUGUAACACUUUGUCCAGGUCAUAACUAACCUUCUGUAUGCCGGAGUGGAUUAAAGUCAUGCUUUGUGGAAAUGUUCCUUAUGGGAUGCCGAUUUGUUAUGACUUUGAUCCAAGGUCCUCUGUAAACUUUAUUAAAUGCACUCCAAUAAUAUAUUUACAUGGUUUGUUGCAGUAAGUUCAUACUUGGUUCAAAUGUUCAUUUUGAGGAAAGUGAUGUAUCUAUCAUGACGUUGGUCAAGAUCAAAACUAACAUGAAUUAAAAAGUUUCCAAUGUGUACAGACUUAUAAA